UUACACGCCAGAACGAUGGGUUUACAUACAGUAUUUACUGAUCAUUCCUUAUUUGGGUUUGCUGAUGGUAGUUCUAUUUUGACCAAUGAAGUUCUUCGGUUCUCACUUCGAGACUGUACACAUUGUAUCUGUGUUUCUCACACCAGUAAAGAAAAUACAACUUUACGAGCCAGUUUAGAUCCCAAAAAUAUCUCUGUGAUACCGAACGCUGUAGACGCCACCAUGUUUACUCCUGAUGUUUCUAAAAGAGAUCCAAAUAAAAUAACGAUAGUAUUAGUUAGUAGACUGGUGUACAGAAAGGGGAUGGAUUUAUUAGCUGAAAUUAUACCAAUUAUAACUUGUAAAUAUCCUGAGGUACAGUUUAUUAUAGGGGGUAGUGGUCCUAAACAGUUGGUACUAGAAGAAGUAAGAGAACAGCAUCAAUUACAUUCCAGAGUGAAGUUAUUGGGGGCCUUACAACAUAACCAAGUCAGAGAUGUACUGGUAAAAGGUGAUAUUUUAUUGAACACCUCUCUGACAGAAGCUUUUUGUAUUGCCAUAGUUGAAGCUGUUUGUUGUGGGUUGAAAGUUGUAAGUACAAAUGUAGGGGGAGUACCUGAAGUAUUACCUCCUGAUUUAAUAACAUUGGCUGAUCCUAGUGUC